AUGCAACGAGUGCCGACUGCUUCGCUUGCCCGCUCCAGCUCGAUGGGCAACCUAGCGACGUCUUCAUCUCGUGCCGCGUCCCUGCUGGCCUCGCAGCAGCGCUCCUCCUUCUCGACCUUCCUCGGCGCCGUCAACACCAACACCCUCGGCUUCCUGCGAGAAAAGCUGAUCACCCACGACCAGCCCCAGCGCGACCGAAAGCGUGCAGCGGGCAAGAAGAGCGAGGGGGUGGGCCUGGCCCCGGUGAGCCGCGACCUGUACCGCAACAUCUUCUUCAACUCGAACGAGCGGUCGGCCCUCCGCCACGUCGAGCUGACGCCUGACUACAUCCGCCUCGAGUUCAGCGAGCCCAACGAGGAGUACCGCAAGCACGCCGACCUGCUCUUCGCCUCCGAGGCCGAGCGUCGCGCCCAGGGCGUGCCCAACUGGCUCGUGCCCGUCGAGCUCCAGAACAACGAGCACUGCGGCGGCGGCGCCACGAUCCUGCUCGACAAGAACUCGGUCUACGACUCGCUCAGCCACGAGGGAGCUCGUCGCCGCUCCAGCAGGCACGUCGCGCGCCACUAG